AUGGCAACAUUAGCGGUACCACUUCCACCACCUUUUCCACUAAACCCUCCUUCCCCUCCUGCUCCACCAGCAACAUUAGCGCUACCACUUCCACCACCUUUUCCAUCAAACCCACCUUGUCCUCUUACUCCACCUAUAACAUUAGUGCUACCACUUCCACCAAACCCUCCUUUCCCUUUUAUUCCACCAGCAACAUUAGCACUGCUACUUCCACCACCUUUUCCACCAAACCCUCCUUGCCCUCCUACUCCACCAGCAAAAUUAGCGCUACCACUUGCACCACCUUUUCCACCAAACCCUCCUUGCCCUCCAACUCCACCAACAACAUUAGCGCUACCACUUCCACCACCUUUUCCACCAAACCCUCCUUGCCCUUCUACUCCACCAGCAACAUUAGCACUAUCACUUGCGCUACCAGUUCCACCACCUUUUCCUUUAAACCCUCCUUGCCCUCCUACUCCACCAGCAACAUUAGCACUAUCACUUGCGCUACCAGUUCCACCACCUUUUCCUUUAAACCCUCCUUGCCCUACAAAUCCACCAGCAAAAUUAGUGCUACUAGUUCCACCACCUUUUCCACCAAACUCUCCUUUCCCUCUAAAUCCACCAUCAACAUUAGCACUACCACUUCCACUUCCACCACCUUUCCCACCAAACCCUCCUUGCCCUCCUACUCCACCAGCAACAUUAGGGCUACCACUUCCACCACCUUUUCCACCAAACCAUCCUUGCCCUCCUACUCCACCAGCAACAUUAGCGCUACCACUUCCACCACGUUUUCCACCAAACUCUCCUUUCCAUCCAAAUCGACCAUCAACAUUAGCACUACCACUUCCACUUCCACCACCUUUCCCACCAAACCCUCCUUGCCCUCCUACUCCACCAGCAACAUUAGGGCUACCACUUCCACCACCUUUUCCACCAAACCCUCCUUGCCCUCCUACUCCACCAGCAACAUUAGCGCUACCACUUCCAUCACCUUUUCCAACAAACCCUCCUUGUCCUCCUACUCCACCAACAACAUUAGCACUACCACUUCCACCACCUUUUCCUUCAAACCCUCCUUGCCCUCCUACUCCACCAGCAAUAUUACUGCUACCACUUCCACCACCUUUUCCACCAAACCCUCCUUGUCCUUCUAUAUUACCUCCAAAUCCAAUACUUUUAUCACUAGCAAUAUUACUGCUACCACUUCCACUACCUUUUCCACCAAAUUCUCCUUGUCCUCCUAUAUUACCUCCAAAUCCAACACUUUUACCACCAGCAAUAUUACCACUACCAAUUCCACUACCUUUUCCACCAAACUCUACUUGUCCUCCUAUUUUUCCUCCAACUCCAACACCUUUACCACCACCUUCUACUACAUGAUGUUGGUGUACGGCUCUUUUUAAAGCAGAAGCACCUUUUAAAGCAGCAGCACCAGUAGCAGCUGCACCAACGGCACCUAAACCAACUAGAGGUAGUACCAACAACUCGACUUCAACUUACAAGAGAAUAAGUUGGGGGAUAACCCACACAAAAGGAUUCCAUUUGUUUUCGCAACAACGAGUAAAGUAGCUCACUAAUAUGGCCCAGUCCUUAGGUAAAAUUGUUUUUAGACUAUCCAAAUUCAGCACUCAUAAAAGAAUGGCUGAAGGUGUAAGUGAAAACCUUCCCUAAAAAUUUGUCAAUAAAAGAACAAAUGAUUUUUUCAUCCCUCUUAGAACCCUACUACAGUCUCUACCUUUCACUCCAAACUAUACAUAUCUACAGAAUGGGGGAAUAACACCAGCAGCAACUGAAGGAGAAUGACCCUAGUGGUACCCUUUCUCAUCACACUUUACAUUUUCAACUCAAGAAGAAAGAAACCAAGAAAAGAAGAAGCUACAAGGAAUGAAAAAAAUCACAGAAACAUUUCAAAACAUGAGAAAGGAGUGUCCAUGAAAGAGGUAUCUUCUAAAGAGAAAAUUGUAGUAAAAAGAAGAAAAUAUUUGCAAAUAAAAUUUAUAACUACAACACCACUAAACAUCCCAAACAUGUGGUGCCACUCUACAAUGAUCACUCUUCCCCUCAUUAUUGCACAUUAUCCCCAAGGCUAGUGUGUCAGUCACCAUUGAAAAGGUGCCAACUCUCACAAUACUCAAUAGCAACAUUUAUUAUUGGUCUUCUACAAGCCACUUCAAAUGGGGGACUAUUAUUUAUGCAAAACACUUGAUGGGCUCUAACACAGAGUAAC